AUUCGUUUCCCUUCCCUGAGGUAGAGAUGGGCAAAUUGAGAAAGAAGCACAACUGGAAAGGGAGGCAACAGAGCAAACCUGAACAACCAAUAAACGAAGAAAAGGCUGAUAUUGUAGUUGAACUAGAUGUGACAAGACUUAAGGGUGUCGAUGAGAGCAACGCCUUGGUCCUCCCGGCCAGCAAAUCAAAAAAGAAAAAGUCCUCAGUGACUCCCGUUUCCAAAAAGAAACCUCUCACCAAGAAGCAGAGGAAGGACCUGAAAAACGUGCUGGAGAGAAAGCAGAAGAAAGCUCAGAGAGCUGACAUCCUGACACGACUGGCUGAGGUGCAGGUUCCAGAGUCUGAACUGAAGCUCCUCUACACCACAUCCAAAUUGGGCACAGGGGAAAAGCUUUACCACACGAAACAGUCACCUGAUGAAGUUGUAGAUGGAGCUUCUGGACCAAAGAUCAGCAGCGUCAGUGGGGCCAACAGGAAGAGAAAAUGGAAAGAAGAAGAAGAGGAGGAGGACGAUGAGGGAGUAAAAGAUAUGAGUGACGUAUCAACUAGUGAUGAUGACGAUCAUGAUGAGGAGGAAGAAAACAGUGAAGUGAACAAAACUCCGGCGACGAGUGAAUGUAAAGAACCAAGUCCUGCCUGUGAGGAGAUAAAAGAGGCGGUGAAUCAGGAACAGCAGUGGACACAGAAAAAACCGACUGAGGAGUCAAUUUCCAACGACAUGACGACGACGUCGUCACAGCCGGCGAUCUUCAUCGCGGUUGAUAGAUCACCAAAAAUGCAGGCUGCUCGUUUGAAGCUACCAGUGUUGGCAGAGGAGCAGAUCAUCAUGGAGGCCGUGAGGGAAAACCACUGCGUCAUCAUCUGUGGAGAGACAGGAAGUGGGAAAACAACACAAGUGCCUCAGUUUCUCUAUGAAGCCGGCUACGCUAGUGGCACUGGCAUCAUUGGCAUCACCGAGCCGAGAAGAGUCGCAGCUGUCAGCAUGUCGCACAGAGUCGCCAAAGAGAUGAACCUCUCCACACGCGUGGUGUCCUAUCAGAUUCGAUACGAGGGCAAUGUGACGGAUGAGACCAAGAUCAAGUUCAUGACGGACGGCGUUCUGCUGAAAGAGAUCCAGAAGGACUUCCUGCUACAACGUUACAGCGCGAUCAUCAUCGACGAGGCCCACGAGCGAAGCGUGUACACGGACAUUCUCAUAGGACUGCUUUCUCGCAUAGUUCCCCUCAGAAACAAGAAAGGUUUGCCUAUGAAGCUGUUGGUCAUGUCCGCUACUCUGCGCGUGGAGGAUUUCACCGACAACCAGAAGCUGUUCAAGACGCCGCCACCCAUCGUCAAAGUGGACGCCCGCCAGUUUCCUGUCACCAUACAUUUUAACAAACGUACCCCGCUGGAUGAUUACACGGGGGAGGCGUUUCAUAAGACCUGCAAGAUCCACCGCAUGUUGCCUUCAGGGGGCAUUCUGGUGUUUCUCACCGGCCAGGCGGAGGUUCACAGCCUUUGUAGACGACUGCGAAAAGCUUUCCCCUUCAAGAAGGGCGACACAACCACCGCUGAUGGUGAGGAGGACGACACCUCAGAAACAGUAAAGAGGUUCAAAAGGGCCAAACAGAAGAAGAGCGUUUCACUGCCCCGUAUCGACCUGGACAAUUACUCCGCCCAGCCUGUGGACGAAGGGGACGAGGACAGAGAGGCUGGGAUAGCCGAGGACGAGGACGAAGGCUCGGACUUGGACAUUGGAGAUGACCCUGACGACGCAGAUGUGAAGGGUGACCCGUCCAUCCCCAUGUAUGUCCUCCCGCUUUACUCUCUGCUGGCUCCAGAGCAACAGGCCAAGGUGUUCAGGGCCCCUCCCCCUGGUACUCGUCUGUGCGUGGUGGCCACCAAUGUGGCCGAAACCUCGCUGACCAUCCCUGGCAUCAAAUACGUGGUCGACUGCGGCCGUGUGAAGAAGCGCUUCUAUGACCGCGUGACGGGCGUGUCAUCCUUCAAGGUCACAUGGACCUCGCAGGCGGCAGCCAAUCAGAGGGCGGGCAGAGCGGGACGAACGGAGCCAGGACAUUGUUACAGGUUGUACUCAUCGGCAGUCUUUGGUGACUUCAGUCCGUUCUCAGAAGCAGAGAUCACUCGCAGGCCGGUGGACGACCUGGUCCUGCAGAUGAAGGACCUCAACAUCGAGAAGGUGGUCAAUUUCCCCUUCCCUACUCCUCCUUCAACUGAGGCUCUUGUAGCAGCAGAACAGUUGUUGGUCUCCUUAGGAGCUCUGAAAGAGCCACCUCGCCUUGGAAGCGCGAAAGAGAUGGAGCGAGCAAGGUUGAGCUGCCCCAUAACCCCGCUGGGCAGAGCAAUGGCCUCCUUCCCCGUAGCACCGCGCUAUGCCAAAAUGCUGGCGCUGGGCCGGCAGCAGGAGUGCUUACCCUACGUCAUCGCCGUGGUCGCCGCCAUGACAGUCCGGGAGCUUUUUGAAGACCUCAACAGACCUGCAGGUAGCGAAGACGAGAGCUCCAAGCUAUCGCAGCGUCGUGCUCGGAUGGCCCAAAUGAGGAGGCUGUGGGCGGGGCAAGGGACGUCACUCUUGCUCGGGGACAUCAUGGUCAUGCUGGGUGCUGUCGGUGCGUGUGAGUUCGCCGGCUGCACUCCUAAAUUUUGCGAGGAGAACGGCCUGAGGUACAAAGCUAUGGUGGAGGUUCGCCGACUCAGGAGUCAACUCACGAAUGCAGUGAACAGCGUGUGCCCUGAUAUGGGAGUGUUCGUCAACCCCAAAAUGUCUCCCCCUACGGCGCACCAGGUGGUCUGCUUGCGACAGAUCACUCUGGCAGGCCUCGGUGACCAUCUGGCGAGGAGAGUCCAGGCGGAGGAAUUGUUAAACCCGAAAUGGAAGGACGCUUACAAGACGCCACUCAUGGAUGACCCGGUGUUCAUUCACCCGACCUCACCGCUGUUCAAAACGCUGCCCGAGUUUGUCGUCUACCAGGAAAUAAUGGAGACCACCAAGAUGUACAUGAAAGGUGUGUCUGCCGUCGAAGCCGAGUGGGUGCCUCAGCUGCUGCCUCAGUACUGCCAUCUUGACCCUCCUCUGGAGUCACCGGCGCCGUGGUUUUGUUCCUCCACAGGCGGCAUCAGGUGUCAUCGCUCAAGCACCUUCUUCCGAGUGGCGUGGCAGCUUCCCGCGGUGGAGAUGGAGUAUCCCGAUGGUCUGGAGAGAUACAAACUGUUUGCUCAGUUUAUUCUAGAUGGGCAGGUGUGUCCGAAACUGAAGGCCCACAGGAGCCAUCUGCUGUCAAACCCCUCCAUCAUGAUGAAAUCAUGGGCUAAGCUGCAACCCAGGACAGAAGCUGUGCUGGGAGCUCUGAUGUCGCAGAGAGUCGACUGCAGAGACGCUCUCCUCGCCCUGUGGAAGACUGACAAUAAAUUUUUGCUGUCUGCAUAUUGCAUGUGGCUACCUGAGGCCAUGCAUCAGGACGUUGCCAAAACUUGGCCACCAGUAUAAAGGCCAACUUCUGAAUGGAAAAAAGCCCUGCAUUCAUCCUCCGCUUGUCAUUGAAUGACCAUUUUCACUUUGUUGCAUUUUACAAACUCUUUGUACAUGGAUUUUAUGAAAGACAAUACCUCAAUUGCGGUUCAGCUGAAUUUGAAUUGUGCCCCCGUUAUAAUCAUGUGCAUCUGAUUUGGUCUUCAUAAGACUCAUUAAAAUAUGAACACUUUGUUUUUUUAUGAAGAACAAAAACCCCGGUGCAUGAUGCUGCCAUUUCACUGUAGGUAUGGUGUUCUUUUGGUAACCGUUGAGCAGUGUUGUGUUUACAACAAAAAAAACCUUUUUGUAAUUUUGGCCAAAAACUUCAACCUUUGUUUCAUCAGAUCAUAACACGUUUUCCCCAGCGUUGGGCUUGGAUGUUUUUAUAUAAAUAAAUCUUGCCAUUCUAGCCCAUG